CAUCUUGUUUAGAAGCCUGACAUCGUCUUCCCACAGCUCCUUCAUCCAGCAAUGGCGCCCCAGAACGUGUUCUCGAUGUUCCGUCAGUCUCAGGUGCAGGAGUUCAAGGAAGCCUUCACCCUCAUCGACGUCAACAGAGACGGCGUCAUCGAAAUAGACGACCUGAAGAGCAUCUACGGCAACCUGGGCAAAGUGCCCGCCGACUCCGAGCUGAAGGAGAUGCUGAAGGAGGCCAAGGGGCCCCUGAACUUCACCACCUUCCUCAACCUGUUCGGGGAGAAGAUGGGAGGGACGGACGGCGAGGAGACCAUCCGUAGCGCCUUCGCCAUGUUUGACGAGGAGGGCAAGGGCGUGCUGCCCGAGGAGUACAUCAAGGAUCUCCUGGAGAACAUGGGAGAUAACUUCACGAAGGAGGAGAUCAAACAGACGUGGAAGGAGGCCCCUAUUUCCAAGGGCAUGUUCAACUACGUGGCCUUCACCGCCAAGGUCAAGGGCAAACAGGAUGAUGAGGAAAUGGCCAAGGCUUAAACGACUGAUGAACUCUCCAGUGAAGGACAUUACUUGAUAUGUGUUUUAUUUAUUUAUGACUGAUUGCCUCCGGACAUCGCCCUGGGAAAACUGGAUGACGAAGACGUGGCAAAGGCUUAACGUAACAAACUAUAUAUUUCACAGUGACAUGCACAUGACAAUGCAUGACAAGGGCAAUUCCUUAUUUUUUUAUGAGUGUCCUUCGUUGUCAUCGUGCAAUGAUCCAUGUACAACGCUAACUCACGGCGUCGACCAGACAACAACGUGUACGUUGCAUGAUACCUUGACUUUAGCGUGUUUGUCUGGGGAAAGGUGGCUGUCAUGCGAACACGUUAGUAUUAAUUUAUUCACAUGUGAAUAUGUCUGCCUCUUCAUCUAAAUGCACCGUGUUGUAUUCACGAUCGUGAAUGUCAUAUAUAAGCUCUUGCCUUCAAUGAGCUGAAUAAAUAUCGACAGCGACAA